AGUCCACUCCUGACUUGAAUCAUUCUUUACAGGCUAUGUUGGCAGUCUUCUCUUGGGUAACAUUCAAGGGUCUUGUGUUUCAAUUGUGUGAUAAUAUAAAGAGGGCUAAAGUGGAUUUCAGUCUUCAGGCAAGCUCGUCUCACAAAAAGGUUAACUUGACGGAGUUCAAUAUAGCUGUUGCGUAACGUUUUUCACAUUAACAUCAUAUACGCUUGAUAGGAUUCCUGUAAACAGGUCAGCGAACGUAAAGUAUUGGAUUUCCUUAGUGUGUUUCACCAAUUCAUGUUGUCCCCAAAGUUUAGGAUAUGGUCAUUUGAGACCUCAAGGGACGUUAACGUUGCAGUCCAUUACUAAAUUAUUUAGACAUCUGUAAUUUUAGGCUCAGUGCUAACCAAUGGCACCCACAUGGUUACCUGGGCUUUAUGUGCAAACAGGAAGAUCAGAGAAAGGUCAACACAAGAACAUGCACUUGGAUGGAUUCAUGUUCAUUGGUAAAUGUCUACAUUUGCCUUCUAGUGACACCUAGGUCCAUAGAAACCCCUCAGCAUCGAGACUUAGUGCGCCACCUUUUUGACACCACCGCCAUCAUCUGUUCUUCGGAAGUUAUUGCAGUGGCCUGAGUGGUAAUUAAAGAACAGCCACCGCUAGACGUACAUUUUUAAUCGUUCUGGAAAUUCAAUAGCCUGCAGGCGUAAGUAAUGGAGUGACAUGUGAGGGGACGAAUGACCUAGGUCUAAUUCAAUUUUACUCAAAAUCCAGUAUAAUCUACAUUUCGGUAUUUAUCACGUUUAGCUAGGAUAACGCAUAUCACUUCAGUUGUGCUCCUACGUCACUUUGACUGCGUCGUCCCACCGUAACUUCGCAACGUUUUCAAACUCCGUCAUAGCGUGUUCCCCAGUCCCAUAAAUUUUCCAUCUUUCUAGCUGAAGGCUCCGCCCGCCUAUCAAACCAGAGGAUGGGGCAGAAGCGGGCGUUCUUCUGUCCGUUUGAUUCCUUCGAUGAGUCAGCCCUGCCCAGCUUGGCUUCCCUAAAAUAAACCCAAGGAAUAGCGUGAAGAGCAGGUGUUCCCCUGCAGCUCGGUAGUGUUGGUGAGGGAACGGCGGUUGCAUCCACUGCUGGUAAAAAUUUUGCUAGCUAGUAUCGUUUGAAAAUGUGCGAACCAGGGAAUGUGCGAACCAGCUUGCCAUCUCCUACCUCUCCAGGAUCACAAGUUCAGGGGCUAGGGACCUGCAAAGGAUGGCUCUUCAAGUGGACCAACUAUCUAAAGGGCUAUCAGCGGCGGUGGUUCGUCCUUAGCAACGGCCUAUUGUCAUACUACAGGACUCAGGCUGACAUGGCACACACCUGUCGUGGCACCCUCAGCCUGGCAACGACGCACAUCGAGGUGGGCGACCACUGCCAUCUGGUGUUGAGCAGUGGUGGGCGGAGCUAUUACCUGAAGGCCAGCUCUGAGGGGGAGUGUCAACGCUGGAUUUCUGCCCUCCAACAGGCCAAAGCUAACACCACUCAUUUGACGCACCACUCAGACGACUCGGGUGACGAGGGUCCCGUCUCGCAGGCGGAGCGCACCCUGACGCAAGGGGCUCUUAAGACGCUGGUCAGCAAGCUCGAGGACCUGAGCACGUGCAACGAGCUGAUCGGCAAGCACGGCGCCGCUCUCCAGCGCUCGCUGGGCGAGUUCGAGGAGCUGCACGGGCCCACCGACGGCGCCAGCGACAAACUCAAGGCCGUCAACGAGCGGGCCGCCCUCUUCCGCAUCACCUGCAAUGCCAUGGUCAAUGCAUGCCGGGACUUCCUGGACCUAGCGGAGUUGCAGAGCCGCCGGUGGCACAGAGCCCUGCAGCACGAGAGGGAACAGCGCCACCACCUGGAGGAAACCAUUGAGCAGCUGGCCAAGCAGCACAACUGCCUGGAGCGGGCGUUGAGAGACCCGCCCAUCACACGCCAAGGGGGGGCUGAGCAGACCGAGGGGGACGAGAGUGAUGAGGAUGACAACACAGAGUUCUUUGAUGCCAUGGAGGAGUCCCCUGCCUUCAUCACAGUGACCUCUACAGAGCACAACCAGAACAGACUCUCAAGUAGCAGACAGAGCAUGAGCGGAGUGUUAGCUACCGACUGGAGUCAAGAGAAUCCCCCAGGCCAGCUGCGCAGAGCCCGACGGACCUGCAUCCCUGACAAGCCAAACUAUUCCCUCAACCUGUGGAGCAUCAUGAAGAACUGCAUUGGCAAGGAGCUGUCUAAAAUCCCCAUGCCUGUAAACUUCAACGAGCCGCUGUCCAUGCUGCAGCGGCUGACGGAGGACCUGGAGUACUCGGAGCUGCUGGACCGAGCGGCCAACUGCUCCUCCUCUCUGGAGCAGAUGUGCCUGGUGUCGGCCUUCUCCGUCUCCUCCUACUCCACCACAGUGCACCGCACCGGCAAGCCCUUCAACCCCCUGCUGGGGGAGACCUACGAGCUGGACCGCCUCGAGGACUACGGCUACCGCUCCCUCUGCGAGCAGGUUAGCCACCACCCCCCAGCAGCAGCCCAUCAUGUGAUCUCCCAGCGGGGCUGGACCCUGUGGCAGGACAUCACCAUUGACAGCAAGUUCCGGGGGAAAUACAUCUCCGUCAUGCCACGAGGCAAUAUCCAUCUGCAGUUCCACUCCAGUGGAAACCACUAUGUCUGGGGCAAGGUCACCUCCACAGUGCAUAACAUCAUCGUGGGGAAGCUUUGGAUUGACCAAUCUGGAGACAUUGAAAUAGUUAAUCAUCAGACGAAGGACACUUGCCACCUGAAGUUCUCCCCCUACAGUUACUUCUCCCGGGAUUCGCCUCGCAAGGUGACUGGGGUGGUGAUGGACGGUGACGACACGGCCCACUAUAUCCUGUCAGGCACGUGGGAUGAUAAGAUGGAUUAUGCCAAGAUUGUGGACAGAAGUGGUGGCUGUGGAGGCCCUGAGGCCAGGCAGAAGACCGUGUACCAGACCCUUCCUCCUAAACUACUAUGGAAGAAAUACCCACUGCCAGAGAACGCGGAGAACAUGCACUACUUCUCGUCGAUGGCGCUGACUCUGAACGAGCCUGAGGAUGCCGUGGCUCCCACGGACAGCCGCCUCCGUCCCGACCAGCGCCUGAUGGAGGCAGGGCUCUGGGACGAGGCCAACGCCCAGAAACAGCGUCUGGAGGAGGGUCAGAGGCUGGAUCGACGGAAGAGGGAAGCGCAGACCACCCUGGCUGUAGAAGAGGGCCGACACAUCGAGCGCUACCUGCCCCUCUGGUUUGAAAAGAGAUCAGACCCUGACAGUGGGGACAGCAGCUACGUGUACCGGGGAGGCUACUGGGAGGCCAAAGAGAGCCAGGACUGGAGCCAGUGCCCCAAGGUCUUUUAGAGGAGCCACACGUGCAGCGGUCAUGGAGUAACUCGGACACCGCGGCACAGAGAGCUGAUCCUGGGCCUGUGUGAGUGUGUUUAACAUGACUGGGCCCGGCCUAGAAGCAGCGUACUACUUCCAACAAACGAAACAAACACAUUUCAAAACACCUGAGAAAAGAC